AUGUUGACAAAGAAAAGAAAGCUUUCGGAGUUUGAUAUUGUGGCAUUAACUGAGGAAAGUAGUGCAAGAGUCCAGAGAAAAUUGCCUCCUAAAUUGAAGGAUCCAGGGAGUUUUACUUUACCAGUUUCAAUUGAAAAUUCCUUUUCAACUAAUGCAUUGUGUGACACUGGUGCUAGUAUCAAUCUAAUGUCGUAUUCUGCUUACAGGAAAUUGGAACUAGGUGAAGUCAACUCAACAUCAAUAACGCUACAACUCGCCGAUAGAACAAUCGCAAGGCCACGUGACAAAGUUGAGGAUGUACUCGUGGAGGUGAUUCUGAAUGGUGGUGGUCGUAGGCGGUUUCAUGGGUGGUUGUCAGCGGUGGUGGUGCAGAUGGCAUAA